GAAAUUCCCGCUGGUGACAAUAUAUGAAGAGAAAAAGGUGUUGCACGAAACAUUCACUGUUGUGUUGACGUUGAAGGACUCAACAACGACAAUGAGGACGUUUGUACUAUUGGCCGCAUUUGGUCUUUUAUUGGUCGCGGUCACGAUUGAAGCUCAAGACAGCCUAAAGGGUAAAAUUAAAGCAGCCGGGAAGAAACCAAAGCAGCUAAAGAAGGGGCCAAAGUCCGGAUCACCUCAAAGCAAUGCUGGAAUAGCAGAGCAAGCAGGGGUUGGACAAAUCCAAAACGGACCUCAAAACGAAGGCAAUGGACCAGAACAGAGUUAUGGACUGGACCAAGGCAGUGGACAAGAUGUUGGACAAGGUGGUGGACAAAGUCAAGAUGGCUUACAAAGUGGUGGACCAGGUCACGGUAGUGGUGGACGAGAAAGCGGACGAAGUAAAAACGGUAGAAAAGGAAAAGGCGGUAAACCAGGUCAAGACGGUGGACAAGGCCAAAAUGGUGAACAAGGACAGGGCGGAGGACAAGGCAAUGAACCACAGGACCCAGGACAAGGUGGCAGACCAAGUAAAGGUAGUGGUGGACGAGGAAUCGGACGAAGUAAAAACGGUGGAAAAGGAAAAGGCGGUAAACCAGGUCAAGACGGUGGACAAGGCCAAAAUGGUGAACAAGGACAGGGCGGAGGACAAGGCAAUGAACCACAGGACCCAGGUCACGGUGGCAGACCAAGUAAAGGAAGUAGUGGUGGACGAGGAAGCGGACGAAGUAAAAAUGGUGGAAAAGGAAGAGGCGGUAGACCAGGUCAAGACGGUGGACAAGGCCAAAAUGGUGAACGAGGACAGGGCGGAGGACAAGGCAAUGAACCACAGGACCCGGAAAUGACCGGAAAUGAGGACCAGAACGUUGACAGCGGACUUAGUCAACGCCAGGCAGGGACUCCAGGAAAGCAGUGAAGAUCCUCAGGAGACAAUUAAUUCAAAAUCCAAUGGCCGAUCUGGUACAAAAUUUCAGAAUAUUAAAAGAAUUGGCAAAAAUGGAAAAGGACCUGCUGCAGGUUAAUGCUCGAGAUUUGACCAGAAUGUAACUCACACAGAAAUAAAAAUUAGCUCAAAUUCGAAAAAAA